AUGUCCAGUUCGCGGGCUGAAUCACAGGCUCCGCAAUACGGCCGUAGGCGGUCCAAUACCGCGCAAUCCCUCUACAGGCCUCCACCACAGGCCUCUGCCAUACCGCUGAGAUUCGGAGACACCAAAACGCUGACCAUUUGGGUUCACGAUCCGAACCAACCGCCUGGCUCCAACGUUAUUUUGAACCAUGCGCAUUGGCCUGGUGUUGCGGAGGGUGACAUGCUCGCCGACGAAUCGUCUGGCUUUUUGUUCAGCGUGCAGAAGGAUGAGGCUUCUGCGAGGCAGCAACUAUCUAUUCCACGUCCUGUGGCAGAGAAGUUUGGCUUGAGGAAUCACGGCGAAGUGACCUUGACCAAGAUCGACAAGUCGAAGUACUGCGCUAAUUACACUUGGAUCCACCUGGUCGGACAGUGCAUCUAUGUCCAUCAGGAGAUCUCCUUCAUUGGUGUCAUCGGUGCCAAGGUGCAAGCUAUCUACAUUGACGGGCGCAAGGUGCCUGCGGCCUACGUGACGCCCGCGACCAAAACGGUAUACCGCUCCUUGUCGGCGAAAGUGACCAUCUUCAUCCAAGUUUGUCGAGAGCUCUGGCAAUUUGCUGGCGACGGCGAGCGGUAUAACGAGAAAAUCGUGCACUCCUUCCUCCCCGAGCUAUUUUCGCAGUGGAACGAAGCGAAGACGAACCACAUCGUAACGAUUGUCCUCAUCUCACGCGUCUUCUAUGACAGCUCCGAGAUCCACAUCGCAGCAGGACCCCUCCGACAGGACGACAGUGAGCGAUGGUACAAGGACUUCUUCAAGGUCAUCACUGAUCUCGAAGUUCUGUACGAUUGGAAACCUACUCUUGUUGACCUGAAGACGUCCUUCUGGGAUUUCCAGCGAGAUAUCUUGCUCGCGCACCACUUCCAUCACGCGUCACGGUCCUCGGAAACGCAGCCCGGCGAAGAACAAGUCCGGCUUGUCGGCCAACUUUCGUACGCCCGCGAUGGCCCGCUGCUCGAGGCUCUGAAUCUUGGGCUGAACCCUACGGAAACUCACUACAUCGACCGGUCGCUCUCUUUAACGGGCUCUUCUACCAUCAUCAUCACUCCUGGGACAGGCUAUUUCCAUGUGGGGAAGGAGCUUCUGCGCCUGACGACCACUCGCCUCCUGGACCAGGGCUUCGCAGUCGAGCUUGUCUCGCUGGCUAAGCCUCCCUUGCACCAGAGCCCGAUAUUCUCGUUCCAGGCGGUGGAUCCUGAACUGACGGCGACCACGGGGAAAGGUGGUCCAAGGGCACUCGACCCGUUGUGGGCGGACGACGAUGCGUCGCAUGAGUGGGAUGCGGAGAAGAGUACUUUCUGGUGGGAGCCGUUCUGGAUGAUGGCGUCGUUCUGGGACAAGCAGAUGGACCAACCAAUCAGACCAGACAGAUUCGUCGCACGAGCGAAGAUGCAUGAGAUUGAGAUGCUCGGUCUUCUCGACCACGACGUGUUGUCCAACAUCGAGAUCCCCUUCCUAACGAAUCUCGUGCCGAAUGAAAACGCGGCUCCUGUCACGGCCGAAGAUGCUGACCAGUUCGACUCAGAUAUCUUCUCGUAUGGUCAAGAGCCUCAAGUUGGUACACACAUGCGUCGUAGUCUUACUCUGACCUCAUCUGGGAGUGGCACGCUAUCUCGGGCUUCGACUGUACGCCUGAGCGGGAGCUUCAGGGUGAACGCGGUCAACAGGGCUUCGACGACGUCUGCCUUCCCCUCCAUAGAGGAGAGUCCACGAAACCCUCUUAUGGACCUCCCCCUUGAGAGGUCUUUGGAUGCUGAGAGCAGACUCCUGUCGGCGCCGUCGGGUGGGCUGAGCACAUCACCGUCCCAAUCCUCCAUGCGAUCCGUCCGCUCGUCCUACUCCCACAAAAGCACGGCUUCUGCGAUGUCAUCGACUAGCCACCGAUCACGAACUAGCAAGGCCCCGUUAUCGCGUGGCUCUACUAGCAUGAAGUCUCGCUUGACUCCAUCGUGGCUCUUCAAUCCUUUUAGGAGCGGCAUCAGCCAGCCGCAGACCUCUCCGGUGUCUGUCUCGACCAGUCGCGGCGCGAACUCCGAGACGCAGGACACAACUCAGUCGACCUCUUCCGAUAAUUCAUCGAACACCUCAACCGCUGUCCCGACGCCCGAGCAGAACUCUCCAGAGAAGAAGGCGGUUCAGAUCCCUCGAUCCAACUCCGUUCGCAAGAGACCUACAGAUGAGGAGACCUUGGUCUCCCGCCAGGCAUCGCCGAGGCAUCUCUCCCCAUUGAAUGCUUCCCCGCGUGACUCAUUCCUGGCCGGUAGGCGGAGGACGAUCAGCAAAACAUCCACACAGCUCUCCCUCGUUCCGUCUGCACCUCCGCUCAGAACCGACCCCAGCAAGCCGACAUCAGCUGUCCUGUACCCGCUUUCCUCCCUCGCCCGGCGAUGGCAACACUUGUUCCCGCAGCCCCUUUCCAAACACGAUAUCAAAUGGAAGGCGAUGAUCAUCCCGGGAUGCCUGCCGCUCACGACAGAGUUCUUCCCAUUCAUGUCGGAACUAGAGACGACGUACGACAUGCACCCAUACGACUUGUGUGCAGCUGGCAACGCGGACGACGUUCGACGUGCCUGGGCUCUCAUAGUCAUGCGCGGGAUGGUCGCUGUCCGAUUAGCACAGGGCUUCCAAUUCGUGAUAAGGCCUCCCAAGUCCAUACAGCAACCGGAGGACGCACACAACGCGUUGCGCCGUGCGCGCUCCUAUCUCGCGGAGGAUGACACGAGUUCCAAGCCGGUCGGUAUCGCGGACGUUCUCAAGUCUGCGGAUGAUCCGGUCUACCUCAGCAUGAGCAAUGAGAUACAUCGCAUUGCGUACAUCGGUGAUUCCAUCCAGGUGCGGCGCUACCAGUGCCUCAUCUGGCCAAAGCUUGGGGUCGGGUAUACCGAGCUGGUCACCUCCUUCGUCUCCCAUGGACUAGAGAACUACGGCUGGAACAGGCUUGACAUGCUAGUCGCGGGAUACGAAAGUCAGUUCAACGAAUCGAUACGUUAUUGGCGGACUCGCUUCGUCGUCAUUCCCACUGACGAGUCGCCAAGCAUUCAUAACGGUCCCAAUGGGGAGGAGCUCAACGAGGAGGAAGUACGCCUGCUCGGCAUCGACAAGCUCGCCGAGUUAUUCUCUAGAGCACGUUGGAUCCCUCCCGAGGACCGAGGCAAGCCUGUCCCACCAAUCCGCUUCCUCACGACCGAUCUAGACCCGGCUGCAAGCGUCCUUGACGAGUCUCUGACAGCGCAAUUGGAGGACAUUCACGCUUCCGGCCCGUUGCGCAAGAAGCCCAAGAGUGCCAGAGACAUCGGCGAUACGUCUCUUCUAGCUAUCGCGAAGGCCAUGCGGGAGGAGGACGGCGUGCCUAUUAAAGAGCAUAGGUGGCACGGUAAGAAGUACGCGAACUCAUUCACUGGUUCAGACUUCGUAUCCUGGCUCGUGCGCGAAUUCCGCGAUGUAUCCACUAGGGAGCAAGGUACUGAGUGGGGCGGGAAGUUGCAAGAACAAGGGCUAUUUGAGCACUGUAGGGGGGCGCACGGGUUCCUUGACGGACACUAUUUCUACACCUUGCGAGGCGAGUACCUUAUUCCUAUGACACCAAGAGGCGGAGGUUGGUUCCGCGCCUCUCGUCACGUUUCGGGAGAAGAACCAAGCAUGAGACCGGUUCAUUAUCCAGGCAACGUGGAGAAGGGUUCGCCAGCGUCUCGCAAGGCGAAGAAGCGUCUGAUCUUCAGUCAGAGCAUGGUGAUAGAUACUGAUCCCAACAAGCGGAGUGACCAAGCCGAAGCAGUAAUUCUCCACCACGACAUCAUUCAUAACCCUGCGACUUGCUUUCACUUCGAAUUGCAGUGGAUCGGUACAACUGCGCGGUGUAUCGAUGAUCUUCUUCGUCAGUGGAGCCGAACUAUCGAACGUUAUGGCCUCAAGCUAGUCGAGGGCUACGUGACGCAGAUUUGCGACAUCCAGGAACGCAACCCGUUCCAAUCUUGCUUCCCUGUGCCACUGGCUGAGCCCCCGCCCAUUGUCCCUGAUUUUGAGAACCGGGUCGUGGAAGGCGUUCAGACGAGGCAUUACUUCGAGUAUGCUAUCCUCCGCAAGUUCGGGUUCGUGGUGGACAUCGAAGCUGCAUCGUUAUACCCAGACUCGGUUGACGUUGUCUAUUCGUAUCGUCGCUCGCCCUUCAAGUAUUCGCAGUGGGUUCAUCGGUCUGGGGUCGCUUUCGUCCAAGUGCUAGGCGGUCGAGAAGGCUUCCUAUUCCUCACCAAUCGCUUGAUGGCUCCGGGUCGCAUUGGGACGGCCCUCAAUUACCAGAGGCCUGCAGCUGCAGCCGAACAGAUCCGCAUGAAGUUACAGAGGCUUUGCUCGGAUCGCGAGGCGUUACGCAGGUUCUACGAGGACGAAAUAGCGCAGCUGCCUCCGACACUAGAUGAACCGCCUCCUCUGCGGAUAUGA